CACAGAAAGGAGACCCUUUCUCUCUCUCGCUGAUGAUACGAUGUCGUUUCCCGGCCAACCAUUUCACUUCGCGACGAUGCCAGAGGACCCGGACCCGAGAGUCCCGCUCCAGAAUCUGGACACGGUCCGAACCCGAAUGGACUCCCUCCAGCUCUUCCUCACCCAAUCCAUCAACAACAACACCUUAAUCAGCCAGCACCAGAUGGACCUGGUCUCCGCCGGCAUCUCCUCCGCCAUCCACGAAAUCAUCUCCAACGGCGCCGCUCUCCUCGCCUGCUCCCGCAACCAGAGACCCGGACCCGACCUGACCCGGGUACCCGAGGUUGUCAAGAAAGAAGAGGAGACAAACAACGAGGAGAACGGCGGAGAUUCGGAGAUCGUGGAGGUCGACGCGGUGGAGCUGCUGGCGGAGCACGUCCACUACUGCGAGAUUUGCGGCAAGGGUUUCAAGCGCGACGCCAAUCUGAGAAUGCACAUGAGAGCUCACGGCAACCAGUUCAAGACCCCGGAAGCGUUAGCCAAGCCGGAAAAGGUUGCAACCGGCGGCGGAGAGGUUGUUACGGCCACGCGGUUCUCGUGCCCGUACGGCGGUUGCAACCGUAACAAGGCGCACGCGAAAUUCCGGGCGCUGAAGUCGGUGAUUUGCGUGAAGAAUCACUUCAAGCGGAGCCACUGUCCGAAGAUGUACUCGUGUAAUCGGUGCAACAAGAAGAGCUUCUCGGUGGUGGCGGACUUGAAGAGCCACCUGAAGCACUGCGGCGAGGCCCGGUGGCGGUGCACGUGCGGCACGAGCUUCUCCAGGAAGAGCAAGCUGUUCGGGCACAUGGCCUUGUUCGAGGGUCACAUGCCGGCUGUGGAGGACGAGAAGGCACCCGGGAAUGGUGCGGUCACGGCUAUGGAGGAGGAUGAAGGGAACAUGAUGGAGUUUAAUGGGGAGGGUUCGAAUCCCAUUUUUGAUGACAUUGAUGAUUUUUCGGACCAAUUAUUUAGUGGGUUUGGAUCGAUGGAGGGGUUUCGCUUGGAGGAUAUGUUUGUGGAUUUGUAACAGUGAUGAUGAUGAUGAUCAGAAAAGGGGGAGCAAAGAAUAACCAAGGAAAGUUGCUUUUGAGCAGUGAGCACAUAGCAUCGUUUCUGGGCCGUUUUUGUCCAAUUUUUACAGAACAAUAUGCUCUGUAACACAUUUCUUAUAAGGGAGUUGUUGGCAGGCCAAUAGGGAUGGGGACUGUAGAGAUUAUAAUACAGUGAAGAUUCUCUGUGCUGCUGUUUUUUCUAUAGGAAGAUUCGCUCCUUCUGUUGGCAAUCCCAGAGAAGUGGAUGUGCAUUAUUGAGAUGUAGUGGAGGGUUUCGUUUUCAGAGCAAACCCAUCCAAGGUGAUCGCGGUGUAUUUCAUUGGAACUGU